AUGGUUUUCUCGUCUGUUCCUGCCUAUCUCGAUCCACCCAACUGGAACCAGGUGGGCACAGAAGAGAGAGAGAGAAUCACUCUCGUGAUUUUGUGCACUACAGUUGAAUAUGGUCCUGAUUUGAUUUCUCGUGCUCCGUGCUUGGUGUAGCUGCAGUCAGGCCAUCAUCAGCGAGCGACCGGCGGCGGCGGCGGCGGCGGUGGAGGGGGGGAGACCACGCAGAUGCCCCCGACGGCUGGAACGAGCUCGGCGAGGCCAUGCUCGAUGGCGGAGAGAGCUCGCUUGGCGAAGGUGGCGCAGCCUGAGGCCGCCCUCAAGUGCCCCCGUUGCGACUCCACCAACACCAAGUUCUGCUACUUCAAUAACUACUCCCUCUCUCAACCCCGCCACUUCUGCAAGACCUGCCGCCGCUACUGGACCCGCGGAGGUGCCUUGCGCAACGUGCCUGUGGGCGGAGGCUGCCGCCGCAACAAGCGCAGCAAGAGUACCGGCAGUGGCGGCGGCGGCUCCAGGAACUCGGGAGGGAGCUCCGCCGGAGGCGGUGGUGCAAUCACCCCCAGCUUCCAGCCGCCGCCUCAGCUUCCCUUCAUGGCUCCUCUCCAGCACUUGGUUGACUACGAGAUGCAUUUUCCCGUGGAUACGGUUGACUUUCAACUGGGAGGGAGGGGGGGGGUGGGCUUGGAGCAGUGGAGGCUCCAGCAGGUGCAGCAGCAGUUCUCUCUCUUGGCAGGGAUGGAGCCACCAGCAGCGGCGCCGCCAUCGUCGUCCGCCAUGGAGCUGUUUCCAUUUGACGGGGAAUUGCCUUCGGUGAAAAUGGAGGACCCUCAAGGGCUUAAUUUGCCGAGGCAUUACCUGGGCGUCCCGGGCAGUGACCAGUAUUGGCACGGCGGCGGCGGCGGUGGCGGUGGCAGCGAUAUGGGGAACAGCGGCGGCAUCGGAGGCGGCGGCGGGUGGACAGAUUUCCAAAGCAACUUCCUGUAA